ACUAUAAACAUUUACGAUUCAUGAUCAUUGAAAGGUCUCCGCGGGUAACUUGAGCAAAUUCUGACCUGAUUUCACAAUAACUUUGUAAAUCAGACUAUCAAUUCUCUUACCGAAAAUCGCCCAGGUACAGUUGAAUUUUCACCUGGCUCACUCUCCAACUGGGUAUUUCUUGAUCGUGUUCUUCCUCUCCACGCGUUUCCAGGUUCUAUUGGAAUUUGGGAUUCCAUUUUACCAUUGUUAUUUCUCGAAUUUCUGCUCCGGGUCUAGUAAAAGAUUUGUUUUUUAGCAGUAGUUUCAUGCUGUGUUGAUUUUCGAUCUCUGUUUUUUGGUGGUGAUCUCAUGCUGCCAUUGCCAUUGAUUUAUUGGGUUUGAUUUCUUUCUGGGUAUGCCUGAACCCUCAUCAUUUGCUGUUUCAUAAAUUGGAUUCAAUCUAUAUGAGGACAAACCAUUCAUUUGGGUCUGGUAGUCCCAAAUCCUUCCAAGCCUACCCCAGGGGUGAUUUUGACCUGGAAUCUGGAAUUCUCAAAAGAACCAGAAAGCUAAAAAGUUCGCCUUUUCAUCCAAUCAAAAUGCUCAAGUCUUUAGGUAACAAGAUACAGUACUAUUAUAAGGUUUGCCCGCUUUUGCUGUUUGUGAUCUCCUUCGGUAUUGCAAUUAUAGUUAUCGUUAUGUUAUCUUCCUAUGAAACCCAGUUUCGACUGAUGGGUAGCUAUAAGAAACUCAACAAGGGUAUAGAAGUCUAUCCAUUUGCCAAGUUUAAGAAUCUAGUAAUGGUUGCUGGGCAUUCGGUUUAUACGAGUAGUAGUUGUGAGGGGGUUGAUAAGGAAAAUGCUUGGUUUUUGGAGUCGUAUCAGAAGCAUCCUGGCCAAGCUGCAACUUUUGUCAUGCAUAUACAGAAGGGUGUUGAAAUAACAGCAAAUGAUGAUGCAGCAUUGCUCCUGUUCAGCGGUGGUGAGACAAGGAAAGAGGCUGGGCCCAGAAGCGAGGCACAAAGCUAUUGGGUUGUUGCCGAAUCUAAAGGAUGGUUUGGCAACCAAGAAAGUGUGAGAGAGCGGGCACUCACUGAAGAACACGCAAGAGACAGUUUUGAGAAUCUUCUUUUUAGUGUUUGCCGGUUCAGGGAACUUACUGGUUCCUAUCCACAGAAUAUAACAGUUGUAGGCUAUGACUUCAAGAGCGAGAGAUUUGAGCAUCUGCACCGCACUGCCAUGAGAUUUCCAGAAACCAGAUUCUUUUACUCGGGGACUCCAUCCUCGCCAACUUCAAGGGAAGCAGCUCUGAAAGGCGAGGCCUUUGUGAGAACCCAGUUUGAGGAUGAUCCUUAUGGAUGCAAAGGCUCGCUCUCUCGCAAGAAGCUGGGGCGGGAUCCCUUUCAUCGUACAAUUCCUUACCCCAAUGGGUGCCCUGAAAUUGAAGGCUUGUUCAGAUACUGUGGAACAGCUCCAUAUCCAGGCUCCUUGCCUUGGGCUCAGUAGAUAUCUUCUUCAAGCUUUACAAGACUAAAAGAACCAAAAGAUCAAUACAAUUUAGAAAUUUUAUUAAUCCGAAUGCUAUUCAGUAUUCACAUUUCACAGUACCCUUUUUUUUUUUUUCUUUUUUAAAGAAUGUAUUUUUGUAGUCUCCUUUUAUGAUUUUAUUGAGCAAAUUGGAAAAGAAAAAAAUCAGAACUUUAUGUCUUUA